GUGCUGUGUGUUGUGUCGGCAGGCAUUUAAAGACUAUACCAGUGAUGAUAUGAAUGUUGCGCCGGAGGACCGCGUCUGGGUCAGAGGCUGGUUCCCCAUCCUCUUUGAGCUGUCAUGCAUCAUCAACAGGUGUAAGCUGGACGUCCGGACCAGGGGUCUGACGGUGAUGUUUGAGGUGAUGAAGACGUACGGUCACACUUAUGAGAAACACUGGUGGCAGGAUCUGUUCCGCAUCGUGUUCAGGAUCUUCGAUAACAUGAAGCUUCCAGAGCAACAGACUGAGAAAGCGGAGUGGAUGACCACCACCUGCAAUCAUGCACUUUAUGCUAUCUGUGAUGUUUUCACACAGUACUUUGAGUCUCUCAGCGAUGUUCUGUUAGAUGAUAUCCUCUCUCAGCUCUACUGGUGUGUGCAGCAAGAUAAUGAGCAAUUAGCAAGAUCAGGAACUAAUUGCCUUGAAAACGUGGUCAUCCUCAAUGGUGAGAAGUUUAACGCUGAGACCUGGGACAAGACCUGCAACUGUAUGCUAGACAUCUUCAAAACCACCAUCCCACACAUGUGAGUGUUCACAUAAAGCUCUUUCUUUUC